UACACAGUAGGUAGGUGGUGGUUGGAUCACCGGACGCAGACGGCCGUGGUUGUCAUUUUGGGAUAAUCGCCCUUGACCCGUGCUGCUGCUCUGUUGUACCGUUGUAUUGUACGCCAUUCGCGUUGCAUACAAACAAGCAUGCGAGUAGUUUGUCUUCGUACAACCACCAAUUGAGCGAUCUGGUAACGGAAGACUCCUGGUGCCUGCAAUUGUACGAGUAGCAACGAGUAGCAACACCGCCAUGCUGCGCGCUUCAGAAUAGCCUACCCGGUAAGGCGGUAUGCUAAUCUAGCCGAUAAAAUCCCGACCUCAUGCGCAUAUGUACUGUGUAUGUACGAGUCGUUCUAAGUGGCUCCCAAAUUGGCUCCACUAAAAGCCUUCUUCGUCACUCCCGCUGUCGCCAAAAGGUAGGUUUGCCGCGACACAACCCCCUCCCUCUUUUCGUCCACCACGGUCCACGAUCAAGCAAUGGACCAGGCAUCUCUCCGUCGUGUCAGAAUCCCGCAAGUGCAGCGUUGUAUCGACUAAAGCUCGAGCGUUGUGUCUGGAUAUGGCUCAUUUAUGGACGGCCAAGCCUCUUUGCUGGCCUUUUCAAUUGGGUGGGAGUUUCUGAUAUGGUGACGCAGUCGGCUUCCUCCCAGGCUAUCCUUCCUUCCGUACAACGAGCAAUUAAUGCCAAAGCAACUUGGGCAAACAAUCUCUCCUUGCCCUACGCGGCCAUGUGUAGCCUGUCCCCUCCACGUUUGCGGAAGUUGGGCGAUGCAUUCCUUUCAAAACCAGGGACCGACCAAUUUCGUUCGCCCGGACUCUUCUGCACUUCGCCAUUGGCUGUGACCACCACAAACGGCUUCUUCCGGUCUCGCUAUGCUCGCUGCCCGUAAUGGUGAUAGUGGUGAGCGUAGUGUGAAUACGAAAAGUAACGAUACGAGUAGGGUGAAGUCAUGAUGUGUACGGAGUAGUGUAAGGGGAG